AUGCAACCAGCCCACGUCACCGAAUUCCAGACCGCGGUGAUGGCCGGGCAAUGGGACGCGGCCAUAGCGCUGUUGCCUCAGCUGACAACGCAGGAGGACGUGAUCAAGGACGCCAAGUUUCUAAUCCUACAGCAGAAGUAUCUGGAGGCGCUGGAGCGACAAGACCUGGGAUCAGCUUUGACCUGCCUUCGCCUGGAGAUGGCGCCGCUGGGGGUGCAUGACCAGCAGCUGCAUCACCUUGCAGCGCUGCUGUUGUGUCCUUCCGCUGGCGACCCCGCGGUCCGGACGUCCUGGCUGGGGGGCGGGGCGGCUCACCGCGACCACCUGAUGUCACUGCUGCAGAUGUCCCGCUGUCCCUUCCACAACGCGGCUGAAUCCCGGCUGUCUCUGUUCACCGACUACCACGCGGGGUUGGAGUGCCUGCCCACAAACACGGUGCAGGUUCUAGACCAGCACACCGACGAGGUGUGGCAUGUGGCUUUCUCUCAUGACGGUACCAUGCUGGCGACAGGAUCCAAGGACCGCACCGCCAUUCUCUGGUCCGUCCACCAGCGCUCCCGACUGGAGCUCAUGCACGUCCUAGGUGGCCACUCGCAACCCGUGGCGCUGUUGUGUUGGAGUCCGGAUGACCGCAAGAUCAUUACGUGCAGCGGAGAGACUCUUCGCGUGUGGGACGUGGCCACUGGGCAGCUGCUGCAGAGCUGCAGCCAUCACCGUGAGACGGUGAGCUCGUGUGCCUGGCUGCCCGACAGCCGCCGCUUCGUGAGCGGCUCCGCGGACAGGUCCCUGAUCCUCGUGGACAGCACCAGCGGGCGGGAGCUACAACGGUGGAAGAGGACGUACAGAGUGCAGGACAUGGCCAUCACGCGUGGCGGCGGUAUGCUGGUACUGGCAUCGACGGAGCGACGUGUGUUCCUUUUGCGACUUAGCGAUAUGCGGGAGGUCUCUCUACCGGUGAUGAUGAUGAUGGUGAUGAUGAUAGUGCUGGUGCAAAAAGUAAAUACAGAGCCUUCCCCAGACCCCCUCGACUCGUUACCCAUAGCCCCCGCGGCCGUGUACCGGUUCUCCAACGGCGAGCCAGUACGGUUCGUAUUGCGAUGCGGUUUCGGAGGCAGUGACAAUACGUUUGUCGUACACGGGGGCGAGGACGGCCUGCUCUAUCUCUGGCACCGAGACACGGGGGAGCAGCUGCUCAAGCUCAGCGGCCACAACGGCACUGUCAACGCGGUUUCCUGGAACCCCACUAACCCGUACAUGCUGGCCUCCGCCUCCGACGACAAGACCGUACGGAUUUGGCUGGCGCAGGAGGCACGACAACGAGCAGGCGGCGCGGCAGCGGCGGCGGCGGCGGCGAAGAGAAAGGCGCUGCCGCUGCUGCAGGCCAACCUGCCGGGGUGGCCGGCGGCGGCGGCGGCAGCGACGGCGUCUACGCCUUCAGCGGAUGCCGCCGCCGCCGCCGCCGCAGCCGCAGCCAUGGAGCAUCUAGCGGCACCGGCGGGUCCGUCAGGUCCUACAGAGGCAGGAGACGCGGCCGCCGGCGGAGGCGGCGCAGGCGGCGUCCCCGCUGCUGCCGUUACAGUGGCACUGGUAGAGGAGGACUAA